CGUUUCUGAAGUUGUGCCUUGUUGGUAGGUGUGUGGAAUUAGCUUUGACAAUCGAUGUGCGCGUCAGGGUGGGUGAGGCUGCGCGCCCCCGCAAGACCAUCUCGUGCACUGCUUUCCUGUCAGACUGAACUGCAAGAGAAGAAAAUCGCAUCUAAACACCAGGGUACCCAAAGCAGAUGUAAAAAUGUUCCACGGUGACAGGAAAAACUUCACCCGCGUUCGUACUCUUCUGCAAGGCUUCCAGCCCUGACUGGCUUCCUCAUUCUGAAGCCAGCAAAGGAUGAACAACGUCAUUUAAUUCUGGGAUGAAUACUAGAGCCCCCGUACCUGCUUGAAAAAGGCAGAACGAUGGAAACAUUUGUGCCAUUCUUUAUUGCAUUUGUGGCUUACUUUGGAAUAGGAGGCCAGGGCUGUCCGGCCACAUGUACAUGCGUAAAUAAACACACGAACCAGGUUGCAGAUUGUAACUACAAAUACCUCCGAGAGGUUCCAGUGGGGCUGCCAGCUAAUGUGACAACUUUAAGUCUUACAGCCAACAAGAUUACCUCUUUGCCGCAAAAAGCAUUUGUUGAGGUGACCCAGGUUACAUCGCUUUGGCUGGCACACAAUGAAAUCCGCAACAUUGCAAAGGGCGCUUUGGCAGUCUUAAGUCAACUAAGAAACCUGGAUUUAAGCAGCAACAAGAUUGUAGACUUCCCUUGGGAAGAUCUAGCCAACCUCACCGCUCUCCAGUUACUAAAAAUCAACAACAAUCAUAUAAAGAGCAUCCCCGGGGAUGCCUUUGCAAACCUCCGAGAUCUGAGAUCUGUUCGGAUCAACAACAACAACAUCACCAGUAUAUUAGAAGGGACCUUUGACCCUCUCAUUUCUCUGUCUCACCUUCAGAUAUAUGAAAACCCCUUUGACUGCAGCUGCAAGCUUCAGUGGCUGAAGGACUGGAUGGCAAACACCCCAAUUGCUGUUCCCGAAAGAAGCUCUAUUGUUUGUGCCACACCUGCUGACCUCAGUGGAAUCACUGUGGAGAAACUUCCCGGGCUACAUUGCAUAGCUCCAGCUGUCACUCUGAGCUACCACCCCAAUUUAGACAACACUGAAUUGUUUGAUGGUUUUAGACUGAUUCUACACUGUAAUGCAACAGGUAGCCCCAUACCCGAAGUCAAAUGGCAAAUCCGUCCAAAAGGGAAAGAUUCGGAACUAAUCGAACCCAUUCUCCAAACAGAGAAGAAUGACAUACCUGUAGAUACUAUCGAAAUAAGCAAAGCACGGUUCAUGGUCUUCAAAAAUGGGACACUGAUCAUCCCUCAGUUAAGUAAAAAAGAAGAAGGUGUAUACACCUGUGUAGCUAUUAAUGAAAUAGGAAUGAAUAAAACAUCAGUAAAUGUGGCAGUGGCAGGACUACCGAAGUAUGUUCCUAAACAAGAUGCAGUAGACAGUAAAACACAAAUUGCAGUCAACAAACCAGGGAUCAAAACCUCCAAGAAUAAUAUAAUAAACUGGGUGGACCCAAAAGAGAAUGUCUUGGUUCCACCAACUCAGCAGACUCAAAAAGUUUUAGGGGAGGGCCAGCCAGUCGAUACAACUCCUUCUAAACUGCCCCACUUCCAAAAGAAGUGCGGCACUAGUAUUGGAAGUCAUUAUGUGUCUAAUCACGCCUUUAAUGAAUCCUCAGAGCUAAAACAGCACACCUUUGAUUUCGGGAUCAUUGCCCUUGAAGUUUUGGAAACGGAAGCAAAAGUGCAGCUGAAUCCUUUUCAAACCAACCCAAAGAAAGUGCAUUUAGAAAUGUUAUACCUAUGCGAGGAUGGGGGUCCCCGGGAUCGCGCGGUAGUUCAAUGGUCAAAAAUUGAAGUAGGGGUGAAUUCCUAUCAGUUUCGGGGUUUGAACCCCGGCACCAACUAUACACUCUGUUUUACUUACAUGGGUGAGGACUGUCAAGUUCAAGUGGUUUUCACUACCAAGAAGCGAAUCCCGUCCCUUAUUAUCAUCGUUGUGGUUAGCACAUUCUUGCUGGGCAUCGCCACUGUACCACUACUUGGGGCAGCCUGUUGUCAUUUACUGUACAAGUACCAAGGAAAGACUUACAAGCUUAUGAUGAAAACCCAAAAUCCAGACCAGAUGGAAAAGCACAUGACUGCCGACUUUGAUCCCCGGGCCUCCUUUCAGGAAUCAGAGAAGAAUUACAACCCUGGUGAGGCGGGGGAGGGCGAGGAAGAAGAAAUAGAAGCAGAAGGUAGCGUGGUAGCGGAAUCUAUACCAGAAUCACAGUCUAAGACCAACCCGGAGGAUUUCGAGGUAGGCUCGGAAUACAGUGAUCGACUCCCGCUGGGGGCUGAGGCAGUGAACAUUUCUCAAGAAAUUAACGGAAACUACAAAGAGCCAGUUCGCUGAUGCGGUACGCGAAUACAGCCCGGAACAAUUCUGCUCACAUCUGGGGCAUCAUUAUGGGAAGAUUUCAAUACUGAAAGCGGUCACCAUUUCUUGAAUUGUUUUAUUUGCUAUCUCAGAUAAUGUGACAGGGAUAAUAGUUGCAGUUACCUUCUUUUAUGUGAAACUAGGGUAAAAUGCGAGUUCACAAUGGGGUGGGGAAGUGGUUGCAAGUAACCACAGUAAGGAGAUGAUUGUUAACAGUUUUAUUUUUCCCAGUUUUGCUGUUUGGAAAAUACAUUUGCAGUCACAUCUCUCAAUAUAAAAUCGAACUACUAUGUUCUACAACCGCAGUGCGGUGCUUGGGCAGAGAGAGAGAGAGAAAAACAUACUCACAUUUUUGUUGCCCCACAGCUAAAGCAGGAUCGGAUUUGUACUUCAGCUCUUCAGGACCUCACGUUGUGAACAGCUACAGCCACGGGGAAAUAGGGGAUAAUGGGUGUGUAUGUUAAAGAAUGUGUACAUGAUGUACUUGUAAAAAAAUGAAACUUUUCAAAAGGAAAUCAACGCUGACAUUUCAGUCAUACACUAUCAGUGUUUAAAAAGGCACUUUUUUCUAAAUGGAAAAAUGUAAUUUUGUCAAGUCAUAUUAUGUGCUUUUCUUGGUAUUUCAUAAAGCCAUUGUUUGCCCAGCCCCACAGAUGUAACGUGUGUCGUCUCUCACUUGCUGGGGCAAAUGGUAUAUGUAUUUUGUAGAUAUGUUCGUGAUGUACUGGUAACACUUGUUUAUUAAAAAUAACACUUAA